AUGGACGUUCCCUUUUCGUCUUCAGGUGCGCUGAGCAGGGCCCACUACGUGAUUGUUCGAAAAGUGGAAUCAGCGACGUCGUCUCAGGCAGCGGAUCAGCAUUUAGCUGCUGAAAUCAAGUCCAUAAGACGCCAACUGGCUCACCCUGCGCUCGAUCUCAAAGCCUGCAAAGAAUGUCUGAUCAUUCUGUUAUAUUGCUCCAUGGCCAUCACCUCGGGACUCCUCGACAAUGGCUACCUCGACUUUGCCCUAUCCCACGCUCUCGUUUUGGCAGAGGCAGGCACAACCGUCGAAGACAAAAGAAUAGGUUACAUGUUUUGUUCCAUGAUCAUGUCUGCAGAACAUGAGCUACGGCUAAUGCUUGUGAACACACUCCGCAAGGACCUUGAAGACUCCAGCGUUCCGCGCAUUUGCCUUGCCCUCGACAGUUUGAUCUCCCUUGCCAAUGAAGAUCUCAUACCAGCAGUCCAGUCGCGCCUGCACGACCUGCUUUUGCACAACUAUCCACACGUUAGACGACGCGCUUUGCUGGCACUCCGGUCGCUAUCUCGUUACGAACCUCAACUUCUAACACGCGCCACCAGUACCAUUCAGAAGAGGCUGAAGGACCCUGAUCCCUCAGUGGCUAGCAGCGCGUUAAUUUUCGCAUCUGACAUCCCGGAUACGGACCCCAAACAGCAUGACAUACACGAUAUGGUUAAUAACAUGUUGCAAGGCACCCUCUCAACUCUCCACAAGACAUCACAUAAGACACAUUGGUUCAUUUUGCGAAUUUUGCAGACUCUUCUUACGAUGAGGUCAGGAAAGUUGUCUUACAUUAUUUCCUUCAGUAACACUUUGGCAGACUUUCUGAAGGAAAUAUCUCCGUCGUGCUUGAUAUCAUGCAAAGUUUCUCAGGUGACUCUCGUCAUGCAGGUAUGUCUCCCAAGAAUUCUGUUACAGAUGUACAAAGCGUGGCUUUUUUUUUUUUGCAAAGGUAUCAUUUUGGGAAUCUUUCGGAAUUUUUCCCUGCUAAGCCCCGAGAUGCUGCUAUCGAAAGAGAAAUCACAGGGUAUCUCUGCGGUCCGUUGUAUCAAGGGGCUUCUUACCUCUCAAAACCCGAACGACCAAUACCUUUUCCUCUCUUGUCUCGAAUGCUUGGAUCCCAUGAUUUGGGCCGGCACUACCGCGGAAUACCCUACCAUUCUAGACGCCUCCGAAGUAGGGCGCGUGAUGGAAUUCUUAGACGCCCCAGACCAUUUGAUGCGCAAGAAGACCAUGGAAAUAUUAAACCGCAUCGACUCCAACAUUCUGUCGGCAUAUUAUACCCAAGCGUUACAAUCUAUACCUACGGGUUUAACCAUCAUGGGGCAAAACGCCUUUGUCGUUCGUCUGCUUGAAAUUCCGGGAAUUCAGCAUAAAUUGGACGGUGGGGAAUAUGGCCGUAAGGUCAAAGAGAUCUUUGCACAGCUGGAAACACGACUUGGAGAGGGCCAGCAUCGUAUCCUCGAGGACGCAGUCGAGGUUGUUCUCGUUUACAUUCGAACAUCGGACCUAUCAUUCCGACUAGCUUGCGUUGCCACGUUGAUCACAAUGUUCAUUGACUCGGACACCUUACUGGAACCAACAUUUAUGGUGAUCGUUUCGGCACUCGCUGCGGAAUAUUGUGGGGUGUUGUCAAUACCUCCGGCUCAAAUGCUGCUUGCUUUUAGUGUCAACUUGAAGGCCUAUUCUCCGGUUGUUCAGGACACUUGCAUUGCUGCCAUGCUCCGUAUCGCUGCAGACUGUGACGGCAAAAUAGCUGAAGAAGUCAUUUCUAGCGUUUCAGAAGUGCGCCAAAACGCGGGUCGUCAUAUUCAACGGCGUUGUGAUCAGUUUCUAGCAUACUCCGUUGAGGGCGGGCCUUUGAAAGCAGCUGUUCGCAAUGCGACAUCUUCUUCGCUCCCCGAUUUCCUACAGGCCCUUCAACUAAGUGAAGAGAAAAGGCCACAAUCUCCGUCGUCUUCUUCGCCGAGACUAGCGUCCUCCACAACUGUGGGCUCCUCUGGUAAAUUGCGAUACACAGCUUACGAUCGCCCACAAGCUAUACCGAGUCUGAGAGUUGAACGCCCGCAUAGUUCCUUGAGCGACGUGGGAACCACAAACUCGUUCACUCUUGAAAGUUUACCAGCCAUCAAUCUUGCAGUUGGCUCGCAGUUGUUGGAAGGCGUUCCUGGAGUGCCUUCAGAACAUGAGGGCUCUCGGGAAGAUCUCAUUACACUUGAUUCACCAUUCGUGUCAGACGCACAGGGCGGAACCGAUGGGGCAGGAUUUGCGGAGGAGUGGGACUCCCUGGCCAAAUCUGUCAAUGCCCGUGGAUGGUGCAGCGAGACUGUUGAUGAGGUGACAAGGCAGCUUGGAGAGAUGGAAGGAUGUGAGGUGAAAGUGGUUGGGGGUAGUAUGUUGCCCUUUAUUGGUAGGUCAGAUGUUGCUUGA